AUGUCCGAGACAAUGCAGGCGAUCGUCAUCUCCAAGUUCGGUGGCCCUUCUGUUCUUCAAGACCGCACACUUGCGAAGCCAAACCCGGUAAAUGGAGAGGUUCUCAUUCACGUACGGGCAUUUGGGCUCAACCAUGCAGAAAUGCACAUGCGCAAGGGUGAAUGGGAUGAGUGGAACCCAGUAUCGGGACUGGAAUGUGCUGGCGUCGUUGAAGCCGACCCUUCUGGCAGAUUCGAGGUCGGCAGCACGGUCAUCGGUGUAAUGGGUGGCAUGGGCCGAAAUCGGCCAGGCGGAUACGGCGAAUUUGUGAACGUCCCAAUUGACAAUGUCGUCUCCAUCAACACCAGUUUGUCUUGGGAAGAACUUGCUGCACUGCCAGAGGUUUAUUCUACGGCUUACACUUGUAUCCAUACCAUCCUAGAUAUCAAAGCUGGGGACCGCAUCCUGAUCCGUGGAGCCACAAGCACGAUUGGCCAGGCCUCGUUGAACUUGGCCGUCAGUGCUGGUGCCCGAGUCACAGCCACGACUCGACGAACGGAGCGGUUUGAGAUGCUUAAAACCAUGGGAGCCGAGAACGCUGUUCUCGAAGAAGAAGUUCUCUCCCCUCAAUUCUCAACCAAGAAAUUCGACAAAACCCUGAAUUUGAUUGGAAACAGGGUGCUGCUGGACUCCAUACGGAUUACCCGCACUGGUGGAAGGAUUCUUCAAGCUGGUUGGCUUGGAGGGCUCGCACCAUUGAAGGAUUUCAACCCCAUGAUUGACAUGGACAGUGGUGUGCAUUUCAGUCUGUUUCAUAGCAAGAACCUCGGAACACCCGACUUUCCUAUGGGCAGAAUUCCCUUGCAGGAGAUCGCCGAGAAGACGGAAAGAAGAACCUGGAAUGCAAAGCCAACGCACGUUUUCGAGGUGAAGGACAUUGUGAAAGCACAUGAGCUACUGGAUAGUCACAACGCUGGCGGGAAAAUUGUUAUCCGAAGGUGA